UCAUCAGUUGCUCAGGUAAUUAACAAGCUCUUAAAUAGCCAAUAAUUCAUGUCUCAACUCAAAAAACCCGUCAUUCUUCUCUUUCUGACGAUCAUCUCCGCCACGCACGCCUCUCCGGGCGAGGUGCACGACAUCGUCGACUAUGGUGCGAGACCCGAUCGACCUCGGUUCGACUCGUCCGAUUCCUUGAUCCGCGCAUGGGCCGCGGCCUGCGAGUCGACCGGAUCGCCGACCGUCAGUGUUCCGGCGGGAGACUUCUUGGUCCACCGAGCCACCUUCGCUGGCCCCUGCAAGAGCAGCAAGAUCACCGUUCGGAUUGGCGGCACGCUAGUCGCGCCGUCGGGCUACGGCGGCGAAAGUUGGAUCGUGUUCGACAACGUAGAGGGGCUGUUGGUAUACGGCGGGACCAUCGACGGCCGAGGCGGGGCCUUGUGGGCUUGCAAGGCCGCCGGUGGUCGCCACUGCCCCGCCGGCGCCACGUCGUUGAAGAUAAUGAACUCGAAGGACGUGGUGUUGAGCGGGCUGACGUCGGUCAACAGCGAGCGGUUCCACGUCGUGAUCCACGGAUGCGAGCACGUGACAGUGCACGGCGUGAGGAUCUCGGCGGCGGGCAAUAGCCCCAAUACCGACGGCAUCCACGUGCAGAUGUCGACGGACGUCAUCAUUACUGGCGCCAGCAUCAGGACCGGCGACGACUGCGUCUCCAUCGGACCCGGCACCACCAACCUCUGGAUAGAGCAGGUGGCCUGCGGACCAGGUCACGGGAUCAGUAUUGGGAGUUUGGGGAAGGAGUACGAGGAGAAGGGGGUGGAGAACGUGACGGUGAAGACGACGGUGUUUACGGGAACGGAGAACGGGCUGAGGAUAAAGACGUGGGGGAGGCCGAGCCAGGGUUUCGUGAAGGGGGUGGUGUUUGAGAAUUCCAUCAUGCAGAACGUGCACAACCCCAUCAUCAUCGACCAAAACUACUGCCCCGACCACAGAGGAUGCCCUGGCAAGAAUUCUGGCGUCAGGAUCAGUGAGGUAACUUACAGCGACAUCCAUGGGUCGUCAGCAACGCCGGUCGCCGUGAACUUUGACUGCAGCGCCAGUAACCCGUGCACCGGAAUCGGAUUGCAGAACAUCAAGCUCACCUAUGGAGGGGCUGCAGCGGAAUCAUGCUGCAAGCACGCCGACGGCGAGGCAUCCGGUUUGGUCGUGCCUCCGAGCUGUCUAUGAUGAACGCCGCCUGCAGCGUAGCUUGUAUACAUGGCUCCCAUAUGUUAAAGAUGUUGUAGUAGAAACUGGAUGAAUAUAUAUAUAAUUCAGACUAAGCGUCGUCUGAUUCUUAUUAAACUGUUAAAUUUUUAAUUCGUGUCUGCAACUUGGUAAGUGAUCAUUCUACAAGAAUAACUUCAGGGCUAUUUCUUGAUCACUUAA